AUGCCAUUCAAGUCAUUAACAUCACAAUGUCCAGUUCAUUUAUCCACUGGAAAUCAUGAUUAUAUCACUGGUAUUGAAUAUCUUAAACCUAUGCUAACAACUUGUGGUAUUAUUUUAUUGGAAAAUACAUUAGUAAUAGAGGAAGAACUUCAAUGUUCUAUCAUUGGAACUAAUGAUGCUCAAUCAGAAAAGAAGUAUAUUAAUGAAAUGAAUAAGGUUUCAAAUGAAGUUAAUGCUAAUACAUUUAAUAUUAUAUUACAACAUCGUCCUCAUGGAUAUCAACAAACAUGUGAGAAAGGAAUAUAUGAUUUAAUGUUAUCAGGACAUACUCACGUAGGUCAAUUUGCACCAUUUAAUAUUCUUAUAAUAAACAACAAAUGUAUCUUUACAAUGUAUCUUUACACACAUCCAGGUACUGGUGCAUGGGGACCUCAUAUGAGAAGUGCAGGAACAAAUGACAUUACAAUCUUUCAUAUUAAACCAUAA